ACAGAUCGAAAAAGGCUUGGAUAUGAAAAGAGAGGUAUUACAACCUGUAAAGCUAAAGCUGUACAUCAGCACCUGAAAGUGUGGGAACCCCCUAACCUGAGAUGUUUUUCUGCAGUGAAACAUUUAGAGAAGUGAGACCACCCACAGACGUUCGCUCCCCUCCAGUGCACCCACCGCCCUGGGAAAGAGUCAGAAGGUAGUGAGCAGCAGAGAGUAGAAAGAGGAAGCAGCAUGUAGCUCCAGCCGAAGCUUCAGCACUUCUCUGUUUUAAACUAAUAAUGAGGUGCUCCGAGGAACGUCUCCAGCUUAGAUUAACUGUGACUGGAAGAUGACGGGACGUUUUCCCAUCAUGAGGCCGAACCUCUGCUGCACCAUCCUUCAUGUGUGCAUCUGGGCAGAGCUGCUUCUCACCUUAAACGCUGACGACGAAUGCUUCAUUGAAACUAGAGUACACGAGAAUACAUCUUAUAAAGCUGUCGUUGGAGAACAACUUGAGAUUGAAUGUAAAGUUGCCUUCUGUGAAGAAGCCCCACCAACGGUCGACUGGAUUAAACCAGAUUCCAACCAAACCAACAUCAGCAGCAGCAGUCGCAUUCAAACGAAGUGGAAACUUAUAAACAAAUCAGAAGGGAUAUCAAUUCUGGUCUUUCCCAAUAUACGUCUAAAUGACUCUGGUGUGUAUCAGUGUAAAAGUGGAGACAGUAGCAGUCAUUUAAUCAACGUCUUCGUCAAUGUUGAUGAUGGACGUGGGCGUACCACUGUUCCACAAAAGAAUGAGAGUAGCACGAAUACUGAAUCCAAAGUGGAUUCAUGGACGUACAUGUACUUUGCAGCUGGGAUCGUGCCGUUCAUCAUCAUAGUCAUAAUCAUAUCUGUAGUAUCGAUGCGUGGGUGUAAAGGGAAGUCAAAGAAAGAAACGUCAAGAGAAAAUCAGUACAUGGCAAUCCCCAUGGUGGAGCAACCCCUCCAACACGGCCGCCUCCAGCCCUCGCCAAGAGGAAGCCCCUCCGCGCCGCCAUGCCGGAGAUCCCUACGGACAAAAACACCGCCCUUACAACCCAAUGAGCUUCCUUUACCAAGAGACAAUAACCCGGUUUACAGGGUGAUAACCAGGGACAGGGAGAGACAAAGAAAUACGGCGGAGGAAGAGGGGAGUUCGAUUGUGUACGCUGCUCUGAACCAUCAACUUCCUGCCAGGGCUGCUCGGCCUCCGAGGCCCACAGAGGAGCAAUCAGAGUACGCAGCUAUCCGUGUUAAAGAAUAAACUAAAAGUAUGUUCACAGAAUCCUUAGUCUUCUUCUGACAUGGAUUUGCUCGGGGUCUUUGAAUGUUUUGUGACGUUGCACAUCCAACACUUGAAUGUACACUGCCGUUGAGUUACAUCACAUCUGAUAACAGUUUCAUGAGUUUACAAACUGUACCAUAUGCAUACUUGCCAACCCUCCCGAUUUUCGCGGGAGACUCCCGAUUUCAUUGCCCUCUCCCGGUUUCCUCCCGGGGUCAUAUUUCUCCCGCAUUUCUCCCGAUU